CUCCGCCCCGUCAUCAUCCACUCCCGACCAAAACCCUAACCCUUGCUCAAAUCGCUCCCUCUAUUAUUUUCCCCCUUUUCUCCCUCCGACCUCCGCCGUCUCACGGCCGACGAGGUUCUCCGAUCACCACAGCAUCAGAGAGAGAACGAGAGAGAAAGAGAAAGGGAGGGAUAUUGAUACGAGAUGGAUGCCAAUGGCGGCAGCGCGGAGGCCUCGAGGCAGAUGCGCGUCCGCUUCACCACCAAGCUCCUGCCGCCGCUGCGAGUCCCGACCACCUCCCUCGCCGUCCCCUCCAAUCUCACUCGAAUGGGCCUUUCGGAGAUCGUCAACCAUCUCCUGAAGAGCUUGGAUUCUGAGUUCCUGUUUCAACCGUUUGACUUUCUUGUCGACGGCGAGCUCAUACGAAUGCCGUUGGAGCAGUUCCUGUUGGCCAAGGGCAUCUCAGCAGAGAAAGUUCUUGAAAUCGAAUACAUAAAGGCUGUAGCUCCGAGAAAACAGGAGGAUUCUUGUUUGCAUGAUGAUUGGGUCAGUGCUGUCGAUGGUUCUAACCCAAGUUUCAUACUAACAGGGUGCUAUGAUGGUCUUGCAAGGAUAUGGAAAGGUGGAGCAGUAUGUUCACACAUUUUUGAGGGGCAUAGUGGUGCAAUUACUUCCGCAAGUGUCAUCAAUCGCGAAGGAGUUGAGAGUGAAAACAGCUUCUUUGUGGCAACAGGUUCAAAAGAUCGGUCAUUGAGACUGUGGAAGUUUGAUACAACUGAACAUGUGGAGCAUCCACUGAGGAUCAGAGCAUAUAAAAUUCUUAAAGAACACACAUCAUCUGUUCAGAGCAUCUCUUCAUCCCCUUCUGGAGAUAUGGUAUGUUCAGGUUCGUGGGACUGCUCUAUCAAGUUGUGGAAAGUAAAGGGGUCUGAAGCAGAAGGUGAUAUAGUGUCAAUAAAGAAGAGAAAGCUUCAUUCUGCUGCAGCAGAACAUGAAGAGUCUCUGUUGGAGGGCACCUCUACUUCAACAGUUGUUGGACAUACACAGUGUGUUUCUUCAGUUGUGUGGCCAGAGCUUCAGACUAUAUAUUCUGCAUCAUGGGAUCAUUCUGUCAGACAAUGGGAUGUUCAAACAGGCAACGAGACCUGGAACAUGGUCUGCGGAAAAGCAUUAAAUUGCCUCCAUGUUGGUGGAGAGAGAUCUGCACUUGUAGCUGCAGGUGGCUCUGACCCAGUUUUGAGGAUAUGGGAUCCUCGAAAACCAGGAACUCUGGCUCCUAUCCUUCAGUUUUCAUCUCAUUCAUCUUGGAUCACUGCUUGCAAGUGGCACACGAGGUCAUGGUUUCAUUUGUUAUCGGCUUCUUAUGAUGGGAAAGUGAUGUUGUGGGAUUUGAGAACAGCGUGGCCAUUGGCAACUGUAGACUCGCACAAAGACAAGGUACUAACUGCAGACUGGUGGAAAGAUGAUAGUAUAAUAAGCGGAGGAGCUGAUUCAAAGCUUUGCGUUUGUUCUGGAAUUGCAAUCUAGUGUAGCACAGGAGCAGCAAGUAUUCAUCACACUGCAAUCACAUUCCAGAAAGUUAGCUGAUGAGAGUGCAGAACAUGGUGGGUGCAAGUAAUGUCACUUGACGUAUUUUUUGGUCAUCACCAUCCUGACCCAGUAAAUGUGCAAAGAAGCCUUUCAGCCGAUCUGGUUCAGAAUAUGAUUAAUUGUACUGUUUUAUUUAAGGACAUAUAUUAUUAUUAGAUGUUAUGUAUGCUAUUGUACCACGAGAUGGUACUUUAAUUCGAAGGAUGUCGUGAUUGUCGAUCAAAAUGAGUGUUAUAUUACUCUUAUUCAUCUGAAAGGGAGGAGGGGGGGAUGAAGUUUAAAUGAUGGACCAAUCCCUGAUGAACAAUUAAGUGCCAUUAAUGAGAAUCACACCUUUUAUUAGUUCUUUGAUGUUA